GGGGCGGGGCCUCUGGUGGCGGUAGGGAACUGGAGGGGAGGCGGCAACAUUGUUUCAAGUUGGACAAAUUGACAAGAGCGAGAAAUACACUGCGUUCCAUCCCGACCUGGGGCCGCGGAGCUGGGCCCGGUUUUCCCCUCCUCCACCCCCCGAGAGUCGGGGCCCGCCUUUUGCAGGUUUCCCAGGCCCCCGCUCCAGGGCCGGGCUGACCCGACUCGCUAGCGCUUCAUGGAGAACUUCCAAAAAGUGGAAAAGAUCGGAGAAGGCACGUACGGAGUUGUGUACAAAGCCAAAAACAAGGUGACGGGAGAAGUGGUGGCGCUUAAAAAAAUCCGCCUGGACACGGGAUGCUGGGGUGGUGUCUCAUUGGGAAGAAAAGAAUGACUGAGCUGGGGGAAAAGGAGUGUUUGUAACCACAUUCCUAUCUCUGCUUUCUCCACCUCUCCAAGUGAGACAGAGGGUGUACCCAGUACUGCUAUACGAGAGAUUUCUCUGCUUAAGGAGCUUAACCACCCUAACAUUGUCAAGCUGCUGGAUGUCAUCCACACAGAAAACAAACUCUACCUAGUUUUUGAGUUUCUGCACCAGGAUCUGAAGAAAUUCAUGGAUGCCUCUGCUUUGACUGGCAUUCCUCUUCCCCUCAUCAAGAGCUAUCUGUUCCAGCUGCUCCAGGGCCUAGCCUUCUGCCAUUCUCAUCGGGUUCUGCACCGAGACCUCAAACCUCAGAAUCUGCUUAUCAACGCAGAGGGGGCCAUCAAGCUAGCAGACUUUGGACUAGCCAGAGCCUUUGGAGUACCUGUUCGUACUUACACCCAUGAGGUGGUGACCCUGUGGUACCGAGCACCUGAAAUCCUUCUGGGCUGCAAGUACUACUCCACAGCUGUAGAUAUCUGGAGCCUGGGCUGCAUCUUUGCUGAGAUGCACCUAGUGUGUACCCAGCACCAUGCUAGGUGCUGUGGGGAACACAGAAGAAAUGGAAGACACAGUCUCUGCCCGCUGUGCUCCUAUCUAGAAGUGGCUGCAUCACAAGGAGGGGGGAUGACCGCAGUGUCUACCCCACACCCCGUGACCCGCAGAGCCCUAUUUCCUGGAGAUUCCGAAAUCGACCAACUCUUCCGGAUCUUCCGGACUCUGGGGACCCCAGAUGAAGUGGUUUGGCCAGGAGUUACUUCUAUGCCUGAUUAUAAGCCGAGUUUCCCCAAGUGGGCCCGGCAAGAUUUUAGCAAAGUUGUUCCUCCCUUGGAUGAAGAUGGACGGAGCUUGCUGUCGCAAAUGCUGCACUACGACCCCAACAAGCGGAUUUCGGCAAAGGCAGCUCUGGCUCACCCUUUCUUCCAGGAUGUGACCAAGCCAGUGCCCCACCUUCGACUCUGAUGUCCUACCCCAGUCUCACCCUCUCCUCCAGUGGGGGCCUGAUCUGCCUUGGCCCUGGGCUAUUUGCCCUCUGAUCUUGUCUGGCUGCCUUAACACCUCCCCCUCUUAGCCAGCCAACUCUGAGGAUAUAAGGGGUGGAGAAGAGAAAUAGGUGAAAAUGAAAGGAAGCUUCAGUAUUAGAUGCACUUAAGUCCCUCCACCACCCUCUCCCCCUCUUCUUAGUCAUUGCUGAGGAGGGCUGGUAUUUAAAAAGAAAAGAAAAGACUGCCCUCCACAUAGGGCUUGCCAUCCCAAUCUCUGAAAGCCCUGAAAAUUAUUAUCUCCUGUGUUCGGGAUGACAGACACCCCAAGCCUCGCUCGGCCACUGCGUUUAUAAGGUCAACUGAUAGCAGAGAACCUAAGUUGGGACUUUAGAAAACCAAGCAAAACAAAACAGAGGGAGGGGCCUGUUUUAAAGAAUUAGGUUAAAAAAUAGAUCCAACCAGUUUAUACCCUAAUUUUAGUGUUUCAUCUCACCUAACAGUCUGGGAGACUCAAGACUCCCAGUCUCUGCAGUCUUGAUGAGACUGCAGUAGAAACAAUUGCCCCUAGUCCCUCUAUCUGUCCCAACUAUGGGCAAGAGGUAUCUGGGAGGCUCUAGGACAGGGAUUGUACUUCACCGUGGCCUUAUGGGGCAAGUAAAAGUUGUCUGAAUUUUUCUCUUCCUUUUAAGACUCUUGGUUCUUCACAUGCCAGGUCCCAUCUUCCUCUGAAGGCUACCCCCAUAGGAGUGGAAGUUAGGGUUUAGACAUCAUUUUGAAAAUGCUGACACUUUUUUAGGGCUGUGACUGAGUGAGGGCAUUGGGAAAAUUUUUUUCUUUAAAAGAAGGAUGAACAAUUAUAUUUAUAUUUCAGGUUAUAGUGUUUUUUAAGUGGGAAUGGGUGGAUUUGUUGCCAUGUGCACCUUGGGGUUUUGUAAUGCAAAUGUUUUUUUAAAAAGUUUUUUUUUCUUUUUUUGAUGUUUGUCUCCCUUCUCCCACCUCUUGUCUUCGAGUGUUCAUGCUAUUAACAUUAUUUGUAAUUUAGUUUGUGAUUCAUUAAAAACAAAAGUUCCUAGUUUUA